AUGGUGCCUCCAUCCAUGGGGCCUUCCUGCCACCUUCCUUGCUCCACCGCCGCCGGCGUCCUGCUGUGGUGCAUCUCCGUCUGCUUGACCCUCCACGCCGUCCGCGCCCAGUCCGCCACCUUCACCAGCACCGUCGGCGGCAAGGAGUUCACCACCUUCUCCUUCCCCACGUUCGACCGGUCCCUCAUGCAGCUCCCCACCAACCUGACCUUUGCCGGCAACUCCAGCGUCACCCAGAACACGCUCCAGAUCACCCCGGACAGCAAUAGCGCCAGCGGGCCCGACAACUUCCUCGUCAACCAGACUGGUAGCGUCUUCCUCUCCUCGCCGUUCGUCCUCUGGGCCUCUGAACCCGCCGGCGGCAGGUACGUCGCCUCCUUCUCCACCGUGUUCCGGAUCAACCUCUACCGCGCCAACGCGACCAACAAGGGCGAAGGCCUCGCGUUCGUCGUCGCGUCCAGCAACGGCGGCGGGAGUCCGCCCCCUGGCAGCCACGGCGGGUACCUGGGCCUCACCAACGCGUCCACCGACGGCAACGCCGCCAACGGGUUCGCGGCCGUGGAGCUGGACACGGUGAAGCAGCCCUACGACCUCGACGACAACCACGUCGGCCUCGACGUGAACGGCGUCCGCUCAACCCACGCCGCCGCGCUCACGCCCUUCGGCAUCCAGCUCGCCCCCAUCGACACCACGGUCAACGACGGCUUCUACAUGGUCUGGGUCGACUACAACGGCGCGACGCGGCGCGUGCGGGCAUACAUGGCCAAGAACGGGAGCAGGCCCGGCGUCGCUGUACUCGAUGCGCCGCUGGACCUCUCGACGGUGCUCCUUGGCAAGCGAGCCUACUUCGGCUUCUCGGCGUCCACGGGCGUCAAGUACCAGUUCAACUGCGUGCGCAUGUGGAACAUGACGGUGGAGAGGCUCCCCGACUCAAGCACGGCCAGCAGGUCCAUGUCGGGGUGGAAGCUCGGGGCGGCCGUGGGCGUGCCGUGCGCCGUCGCGCUCGCCAUCGGGCUGCUCGCCGGCCUGUACAUCAGGAGGAAGGGCAAGAUGGUUGCCGGCGUCACCGCCGUUGACCUGAGCGCCAUCCCGGGGAUGCCGAGGGAGUUCGACUUCAGGGAGCUCAAGAGAGGGACCAACAACUUCGACAAGAAGAUGAAGCUGGGGCAGGGAGGGUACGGCGUGGUGUACCGCGCCACCGUGGCCGGGGAAGGCGGGCGGAGCAUGGAGGUGGCCGUGAAGCAGUUCUCCGGGGCCAACACCAAGGGGCAGGAGGACUUCCUCGCCGAACUGAGCAUCAUCAACCGUCUCCGCCACCGUAAUCUUGUCAAGCUCAUCGGUUGGUGCCACCAGAACGGCGUGUUGCUACUGGUGUACGACCUAAUGCCCAACGGCAGCCUGGACCGGCACCUCUUCGGCCGCGCCGGCGACGCUCCGUCUCCGACUCUCAGCUGGGAGCAGCGGUACAAGGUGGCCGCUGGCGUCGCGUCGGCGCUCAACUACCUCCACCACGACUACGACCACGUGGUGAUCCACCGGGACAUGAAGCCGUCCAACAUCAUGCUGGACGCCGCCUUCAACGCCCGCCUCGGCGACUUCGGCCUCGCCCGCGCGCUCGACGCCGACAAGACCUCCUACACCGACCGGGCCGGCCUGCCGGGCACGCUGGGCUACAUCGCGCCCGAGUGCUUCCACACCGGCCGGGCCACCAGGGAGUCGGACGUCUUCGGCUUCGGCGCCGUCGUGCUGGAGAUCGUCUGCGGCCGCCGGAACUCCUGCUGCCACCCUGCCGGGUGCAGCCAGCUGCUGGAGGAGGCGUGGGAGCUCCAUGGCGCGGGGAGCGUCCUCGAGGCCGUCGACCCGAGGCUCGCCGGCGCGUUCGACGAGGCCGAGGCGGAGCGGCUCCUGCUGCUGGGCCUCGCGUGCAGCCACCCGAACCCUGGCGAGCGGCCCAAGGCGCAGGCCAUCCUGCAGAUCCUGACGCACUCCGCUCCGCCGCCGGACGUGCCGCCGUCGAGGCCCGCGUUCAUGUGGCCGGUCGUGCUCGUGAAGGGCGACGAGGAGAUGUAUACUUCUGGCAGCUCGGCCACCUGCAGCACGGUGAUGACGUCGUCGCUGUUGAGAUAG